UCUCUCCUCCAGCCGAGCAGGUUCCAGGGUGGCUCUCCUGUCUGCUCACUGGUGACUACCCAGCUGCGCUCUGCGGUAUCCGAGGAAACACUGGAGGUUUCCCCGUACGCGCUUGUGCAUUGAAUUUUAGUCACGUCCAACAAAAAGGGCAGGAAUAACUUCACUAUACAGGACUCUGAGAGAAAAGACCCCGUCCUCCCAGUUUGCAUCCACGCCUCCCUCUCUGCUUCCUAUAUUAUCUUUUUUUUUGUCUGUUUCAACGUGCUAAUCUCUCCAAACGUGAGGACAGCAUGACAGGAGGACUGAAGGACGGCGAGACAGAAGAGGAGUUUCUGCAUUCGCCGUUUAUCCGAAAACAAGGGAACAUAUAUAAACCCAACAACAAAGACAUGGACAACGACAGUCUCAACGAGAAAACGAUGGAGGAUGUCCACACCAAAGAGAUCGACCUGGUCAACCGGGAUCCCAAACACAUAAACGACGACGUUGUUAAGGUUGAAUUUGAAGAUGUGAUCGCAGAACCCGCAGGGACCUACAGCUUCGACGGCGUGUGGAAAGCCAGCUUCACAACCUUCACCGUCACCAAGUACUGGUGCUACCGGCUGCUGACGGCACUGGUGGGCAUCCCCUUGGCGCUGAUCUGGGGAAUUUUCUUCGCCAUCCUGUCCUUCCUGCACAUCUGGGCCGUGGUGCCGUGCGUCAAGAGCUACCUGAUCGAGAUCCACUGCGUCAGCCGCGUCUUCUCUAUCUGCGUGCACACCUUCUGCGACCCGUUCUUCGAGGCCAUGGGCAAGUGCCUGAGCAGCAUCCGAGUCAGGAUGACCAAGGAGGUGUAGCAUCCCAAAUCAGGAGGAGGAUUCAAAAGAGGGCCAGAAGAAUGGGGCGGGGCAGCACAAUGGAGAUGGGAGGGGAAGUCAGAACAACAACCAAAAAAAAAGAAGACGAAGAAAAUAAAUGGAAAAUGUGUUGAGACUUUUCCAGAGUGGGGUGGGGGCUGGGUGGUUGUUUAGAGGUAAAGGGGUGCAGUGACAUGGCACUUAACCCCACCUUUUUCUAACAGCUGGGUUUUUUUCUGUCUACUCUAGUAUUUUUUUUAUUUCUCACUGUUAAAUUUGUCAAGCAGGCAGCCAAGCUCCAUAUCUUGUUAUUAAUUUUGCUACAUCAUGUAAAUUCCUUCCAUUCUUACUGUUUUUAGAGAGCCUUUCAAACGGAUUGAUCCGUGUGAAGAGGGGACGUCGGCAUCUGCUGUCACCUCUCACACUCGUGUUUGUUUUUUGGAGCUGUAGGGCAGAGUAGGGGGGGAUGCUGGGGUUGCAUAGGUUCAAACAGGGAGAACGAGUGAGCGCUGCCAAAUUCUGUCUGACUCAGCAAAAAAGAACAACCACACGGAGCCAGCAGCACAGAAGCACCCCUCCCUCUGCCCAACAUGCCCUCCAACCCACUAAAGUGACCUCCCACCCCUCCCCUCUUUGCCCUGCUUUCCAGCAGUCUGACACACUGAACCUGCCCUCGUUUCUGCAUGUACCUGCAUCGCCAUGCCAGCAGCUCACCGUCCACCGCGCCCGUGACACAGCCUGACUGAAGCUAUCUGCAUCUUCGCUCACUCGCUCUCUACACCAGCUUUUUGCUUCGCCUGUGCCUUAAAUGAAUAUUCUCAAGUCUGACAGAGAAUGUCUGAAUCUUACAGAACCUGAUUUUAUUUUUUACUCUUUUGUUAGUUUUUUUUUGUAAGACAAAUUUAGGCUUUUUAUUUUUCAUUCAGGCUCCACGCUUUAUCAUCAUAGCUCCAUAGUGAAUGAGUGUUUUUUCCUCGACACUAUGAAAAUGAAGAACUUGAGGAGGCUUGAUUACAGUGCCAUUGUUUUGAUAUCCUGUAUGUACUGUAUGGGUGUUUAUUCGUAAGACAAGACUUCCAAAAUGAUUCCAGUGCACUAAUCUAUAGAAAAGUAUUGAUAGUGAACAGCACUAAUGAAAGUUUCUAUGUUCCUCCAUUUCCUAAUACAGUAGAGUGCAAGCAGUUAAUUUUGCACACUGGAGAUUAACGCUGUGCAGUUAGGAGCUCGUGUGGAGAUGUUCACAUAUUGUGGUACUUAGGUUAAUGCAUUGGAAUAAAGACAAUGUGUGGUGAAAUGUGCCCACUUCCCAUUUUGGUUUGCUUUUUUUUUGGUUUUUUUGUCUACAGUUUUGUUAUGUGGCCUUGCUUCUUGACUGUGGACACGAUGCUAAAUAGCAUUAAAAUGACACCUCCCACCCCAGGAUAGGUGAAUUUGUGGAUGGGUGAGAAUGGGGUGGAGAGAGGGUUGUGUUUAACUGAGAAAGCUCGCUUUGACUGUAUCACCUUUAGUCUACCUGCUGUUUCUUCACAGGGAUGAUAAUAUCAAAUCGAGAUGUUUUUUUUAAGCUCUGAAGGUGAUAUUUUUGUAUAAGAAAUGAUUUUUUUCUUCCUUGCUUUUACUGUACCAUAUCACGCUGUGCACAUUAAAAUUUAAUAUAAUCCGUUG